AUGUUAUAAAAGCAAAACAAUUAACAAAAUGGGGUCUAAAACUAAAUCUAAAAUGGCAACAGCAUUUAAUUUAUUCGUAAUUGUUAAAUAUUAUCAGCAGCUGUAAAUCCCAUUUUAAUGAGUGAAUCAGAUAUAAAAAAUAGUUAAUUAUUGGGAUAAUCCUUCAAUUAAAUUAGAUAAAGUGGAACCAAACUUUUUUAAUUAAAUUCAAACAAUAUUGAUUAUUAGGCUCAGGAUAAGUGUAAAGUACUUAAAAAUUUUAUAUAGUUAUCUGAUAAUAAAAACUAGUGGAACUAGUCCAACCCUUAAAUCUCCAUCAAAUAAAAUAAUUCAAAUUAGUUGUAGCAAAAUAAUAUGGCACAAAAAUAUAACUCACAUAAUGUUUAACAAUAUUGUUAACCACCAAUUUAAGAAUUUUAAAGACUGAAAAGUGCAGUUUCAUAACAUUAUCAAGAUUAUGUACCUAUAAUGAAUGAAUAAUAAUAUAAUCAAUAUCCUAAACCAAUUACAUAACCAAGCCCAUAACCAAAUCACUUAAACAAAAAAAUUAAAAUCAUCAAUGGAGUUAAUAAUAUAAACCCAUAAUUGAUAGAAAUAGAUAAUAGUAUUAAUUUUUAAUUAAAUAAAAAUGCAAAUAUAAAUAAUUAUGAGGCAAGUAUGAAUACUUCUAAAAGUGUAAUAGAAGAGAAUUUAUUCUAAAGGUAAUUACCUACUCAAAAGUAAAAAACAGAUAAUUUAAUUCCUCAAAUAGACCACUCAUUAUUUUAGCGUAGUUAUGGUUAAAAGAAAUAAAUAACUUCACAGCCUAUGGAAAAUACUCUUAAUCUACAGAAUGAUACAUUAUUUAAAACAAAAGUAAUGAAUUGUUAAAAUUGCAGAAUGUUCAUAAACAAUAUGUCGAUUGGACUCAAUUGCUAACAUUUUUACCACAAAGAAUGCUAUUAGGAGAUAAUCAAUCAGUAAAUAAAGGCAGGGAAAGGUGUUUUGUUUUGCAUAUGCAAUCAAAAAAUUCCUCUAAGGCAACUAAAAUAAAAUUUGCCACAGCAAUUGAUUGAAAAAAUUUUUGAAAAUUAAAAUAAGAUAUUAUAAGAAAUUUUUAAUGAAAAAAUGAGAAAAUGA